CUGGACGUUGUUGUUGUCAUGACAACGCAAACAGAGCGCCUGAGUGUCAGAAGUGACAUUUCGAUAACUGAAACCAAGAAACCUCUUGUUUUAGGCAAUAGAUUUGUUUAACUUGUUUCUUUGUCAAACAAUGAUUCCGCCAGCCGACUCUCUCCUAAAAUAUGAGAAUCCAGUUUUGGUCAGAAAAAACAGUAGCAAACAAUCACCAAAGGGUCGUCCAUUGAAAGUGAGCCCCCAGCAGUCUGCUGACUCUGCACCUGUUCCACCACCUCCUAAACCAAAAUCAGACUCUGAGGACAUCAAGCAAGAUAAUGAGGAAAUCUUGAACAUCAUUCUUCCACCCAGGGAAUGGACAGAGGGAAACCAACACUGGGUGCAGCACGUGUCCAGUUCGCCUUGUACAAGAACAGAUGUUAUACACCUCGAAGAACUCUUAAACACAAAGCUGCAGCAAAGACAGGCCAGAGAAACAGGCAUCUGCCCUGUGCGCCGCGAGCUCUACUCCCAGUGUUUCGAUGAGCUAAUCAGACAGGUGACCAUCAACUGUGCUGAAAGGGGUCUGCUGCUGUUGCAUGUGAGAGAUGAGAUUCAACUGACAAUUGCUGCCUACCAAACACUGUAUGAAAGCAGUGUAGCUUUCGGCAUAAGGAAAGCACUGCAGGCUGAAGAGGGAAAGGCUGACAUGGAUAAAAGAAUUUUAGAACUGGAGGAUGAGAAAGAAGCUCUGAGGGAACAACUGGACAAACAGAAAGCUAACUGUGAUGCAAUUGAAAAGAGAGAGGCUGAAAAGCGACAGGUGGAAGAAAAGAAGUAUCUUGAGGACAUUCACUUCCUUAAGAGAAGUAACCAACAGCUCAAGGUAACAUCAUAUUACACACUAGAACAAAAAAACUUACAUCUUUUUAGAUUUAGCACCGAUAGUAGCUGCGUUGCUUGUCAAAAUAUUUACUUCACUUAUUUUUCUUUCUCUUCAGGACCAACUGGAAGGGAUACUUAAGCCAAAUAAGUAGAAAAGCCAGAGCAUAGAUCGCUUUCCCAGCACAAGAUGUUAUUACAUUUGCAUUUUGUCUUAUUCCUAAAUGAUAGAUGAAUGUGAACUUAGGUGUAAUUUUCUAAAUAUUUAUUUUUUCUUAUCAGCAUGGCAUGACAAAUAUACUUCAAACAAUUACUGCACAUUUCUCUUGAACAUCAAGAGAGCAGUACACUUGUAAAUGAUGAAUGAAAUGUCAUUCAAAAACAGUUCUGGGUUGACGGAAGAAGAAAGCUGAAAAGGCAAGACUGAGUCAUUUCCUUGUGGGAGAGUCAAGAUAAGGGAUCAAGUGGCCACAUGAUAGACCAUAUAAUACUCACCUAUCUUUGCACCAUUUGUCAACUUGUCAUUUCAAUAAAGCAUAGCCUUUCUGGCUACUUUAAGUACA